AUGAAGCCAAGCAAGCACCUACUCUCUCCAGCACCUUCGAAGUCUGUGUCCUUGGAGCCAUCUCCUAUAUUGCCAACCAUCAUCACAAAUACUCCUGUAGAUGAGGUCCCAGAGGAGGAACAAGAAUUUGAGGAAGACGGAAAUGGUGCUAUAAGUGUUUGCAGAGUGUUUUGCAAAUUUAGAGAAUGGGGUAAAAAAAGUCCUUCUGAGUCAUCUGAGGAGGCUAUUCUUCCUCUACUCACAAAAAUAAAGGAACUUUCAGAAAAGAAAAAGAAAAGGAAAAAGAAACGUCGUCGCAAAAGACCCCAAAUCCCUAAAGACAGCAAAACCUCCAAAGAAGAGCUUGUCCUACCUCAGUUACUCCUAUUACCUUGCUCGGUAUGCAAGGAGGAAAUAGAUAUAGAUGAAAUUUUUCUCCAUAAGAAACAACAUGAAGCUUUGGCUACAUUGGGUUUCCAAUGGAUGGAUAAAACAAAACCACAACCCGUAAUUGUUGCUCUUAAAAGACAGUUUAUAAUUUCUAAGCUCUUCUCAUCGUUUAUGCUCACGGAACAACUCCUACAGUCCAUAAAUAAUGCUACUGAGCUGCUAUUUAAUAAAAAAGUAUCAGGACACUUUAAGAUGUGUGAUGAUGUUGGAAAGAGUUCUGUAUACUCUCAAAAAAACAGCCAUCUAUUAAUUAAAGGGGUAGCCACCUGCGAAGAUAGAAAUUCUUCAUGGAGAUCAGACAUGAAUGACAAGUUCACAAUAGUGAAUGAUUUUGGCAAUAAACCCAACGUGUGUUUUUUUGGUUUGUUUGAUGGUCAUCAUGGGGUCUACUCAGCUGACUUAGCCUCAAAGGAACUUCCAAUUUUAAUUCUCCAUCAGCUUUCCAAAAUCGAUGCUUCCUAUCAGAUGAGCCUAGAACAGCAAAAGUUUAUCCAUUCCUUUCACACUGUGUUCAGAGAAGAAUACAUAACACUUGAAGAACGUUUCUCUUCCUCACACAGCAUGAGAAGAACAGAAAAGCAUGCAUAUGAAAACAUUCAUAAGGCUUUUGCAAAAGCCUUUUGGAGAAUGGAUAGACUUUUACGUCUUGGAAGAAAUGAAGUCUCCCAUGUUCGAUGGAGUGGCUGCUCUGCACUGAUUUGUCUUUUGGAAGGCACCAUUAAAAAUAGCCCUGCUAGUAAGAGCAGGAAAAGAUCCAAGAGCCCUGAGGCAAGCAGCAUUCUUCCCCCAGUGACACCUAACAUAAUUUCUGGAGUAUUACACGUCGCAAAUAUUGGUAAUGUGCAAGCAGUCUUAUGCAGAAAUGGCAAAGGAUUUUGCGUAACCAAGGAACAUACCACGCAGAACAUCAAUGAGAGAACAAGAGUGCUUGAGAGUGGAGCAAUAAUCAGCCCAGAUGAACCAUAUGGGCUCCUAGAGGGACAAGUAAAAACCACACGAGGCUUUGGAUUUCAUGGCAACCUCCAUCUGAAAAAGUUCCUUAUCCCAGCACCUCAAACCAUUUCUGUUCCCAUAGAUGAUUUAUGUCAGUUCCUUGUGUUAGCUACUAAUGGUCUUUGGGAAGCUUUGGAUAAAAAGGAAGUCACUUCACUGAUAAUAACACUGUUUCAGAGGUAUACAGAAGCAUACCAUUUUUUCACACAAAUCAAAUCUUCACCAUCCAAACAGUGUCAGCUUCGUCCCAUCAGUGACACAAAUAUGACUAAAUCAGAAAGCACCAUCCACGUACUAUUUCAGAAUAAGCAGGAAUCUAAAGAACAUGUGUCAGUUACAAAUACAAACAGAAACAAAAAUUCUGGCUCAAAAUUUGCUGAAUACCACUCUUCUAGCCCUAAAAAUGAGGGGACACUUCCAUCAGAGAUGACUAAUCAUGAACUUUUCAGAGAGGAAGAAACUGACAGACCCAACAUUGUAGACAGUGUGCAAGUAAGUAGAAAUGAAUCACAUGCUAAAGAUUUCUAUGAAGGUGCAGCUGAGUACGUCAGCCGUGAACUUGUAAAGGCUGCCUUACAGGCUGGUUCCAGAGACAACAUCACAGUUACGUUAAUAUUUCUCAAUGGAAGUGAGCAUCCACUACUGCCAUAAGAAAUGAAGUUCUAAUUAUCCAGAGCAUCAAAACUAUAAUAGCACAAGACAAUUCUUCCUAGUUAUCAGAAGAAUGUGCAAAAGGAGUAUACUUAAGAGCAAAAGAAAAAUAUAACCGCAGAUUUGGGGUUAUAUAAUACUAUUAAUAGAUGUGCACUGUUUGUAUUAAAAAAGAGAGAAAAACCAGUACUGCUUUUUAUACCACUUUAUUCCAACCUGAGCACCUCAAUAUAAAACUAAACACUGGUGAACUGUUUUCCUUACUAAUUCUCAAUUACUGUA